AUGGCUGAAGACACUGAUACUGUAAAAACAAUAGGCCCUGACGACAUACCAGUGAUAGAACCGAAGACUUGUGCUCCAGAAAAUGCUGCGUCCUUAGCCAAGCCGUCCAGAAUUAGUGGUUUCCUUCUACAGAAACGUCCGAGUGCCCAGAUUUUCUCAAAGCAGAGAAUGAAUAACACGAGCAACGUGGAGAAUAAUUCAUCAUGUAAGGACAUUGACAACUUCAAAACUAGCAUCUAUGUACCUACAUAUAUCAUUGUAUUUAUUUUUGGAUUUAUUGAGAACGUCAUCAGUUUAUAUGUACUCCUGAAGUUAUACAAGAGGAAAACUGCAAUGACCAUUGUCAUGGCGAACUUGGCGACGUCGGAUCUGCUCUUUGUGUGCACUUUGCCCUUGCGGGUGCACUAUUAUUCAAAAAAUGUUUGGAUCUUUACAGAUUCCUUGUGCCUGUUCCUGACUUAUGCCCUGUACCUCAACAUGUACUGCAGCAUCUACUUUCUGACUCUGAUGAGCAUAUUGCGCUACUUCGCUAUAGUGCAUCCAAUUAAAUGUUUGAAGUAUAGAAGUGUCAAAUAUGUGCAAAUCAUAUGCAUCUCAAUAUGGGCGUUUGUUGGAAUAGCAACCAUUCCUGUUCUGAUAGAUAGCAGUGAAAUAAAUAGGGCACGAUGCUUUGAACUCAAACAUAAAUCAACUUUGUUUGUCAUGAAUUUAAUUUCACUGCCCGUGGGUUGCAUUAUUCCAUUCUUUAUUAUCACUGUCUCUUACAUACUUGUCGUUAAGACUUUGCUAACCUCAAAGGCAAAGCAUCACAGGCAAACGAGCUCUCGGAGAAAAGCUAGUGCCAUGAUUUUUAUUGUGACAAUUAUAUUUCUAACCAGUUUUCUGCCCUAUCACAUUCUACGAACUGUCUACCUUGGCUUAACAUCCCAUGCCAGAUGUCUCGUUCAAAAAGGUGCAGUGGUUACCCUGUGUACUGCAGCAAUCAAUUCCUGUUUGGACCCGCUUUUAUAUUACUUUGCAGCAGAGAACUUCAGGGACAAGCUGAGAAGCACAGUCAAGAACACGUUCAAAGGCUGUCCUGCCCUGAUGCAUCAAACCUGA